AUGGCUCUCGAACUCGCUAGCUCAGUCGACGCGCAGAAGGUGCCAGCAUGGACGCAAGACAUUACUAUCAGUACUGUCGCUGUCACGAGCACCGACAUCGACUCGAAGUCGGAAUCCUCCGAUUCGAGUGAGGAAGAAGUAGGCGCCAGGCCUGCUCGCCUGGACGUCGACUACGAUAUUCUGAACCUCCUCUAUGGCGACAUGGAUGAUACCAUGCGCCGCUGGCGCAACCUCUAUCACCAGCGCGUCCGGUGCGGUACCAACAAAGAGCUCUGGUCUUUCACCCGCGCCAUCGCCAGUCUGGCGGAAUCCGUGCUUGGCAAGGCCGACGACCCGAAGUUUGGAGGCAGGGACACCCGUCAGAUCAUCCGCACUCUCGUUACGGAACAUGGACUGUGCUCUUUCCUCGAGCUCGUGGUCUCUCAGGAAGACUUCUUUGCUGAAUAUCCGGACUUCGUCAUAAGCAUGUUGGACGUCGUCAUUGCCGUCGUCGUGCAAGCGGAGAAGCAUCCGAACGUGCUGAAGCAGUCCCGAGAGAUGAUUGCGGCGCUGUGCGACAACGCCUGGAAAAAGCAUGCCUUGCUCGCCAACAACGACGAACUUGAUCAGUACUACCCCAUGGGUAGAUUAGGAAUACGCCACCAGCUCAGCUUCAUGCUACUCGCCAUGAUCAUGCCGGUGAAAGCGAAGACUUUUGGGUCUGAAGGGUUCUUACGCAGGGCGAGCUUCGUCUGCUGGUUUUACUCGCCAGAGAUUGAGGCAGCUGCCAGCGACCUCAUGUACUCCACUAUCGUGCUCAUGUACGCGAUGGAAGGCAACGCCGGCACAGCGAAGGAACGGACGAGCCGCCAAACGAACGUAGACGUUAAGGACCUGAUGGAACUGAUGGGACAAGACGUCCUCCCGACUUUCGGGGCGAAUGGCUAUCUCAUGCGCCUACGCAACACGCUCGAGCAUCCGGGUCUCAUCAACGAGACGCUGGACUGGGCAGUCUCCAGCAUGACUCGCUCUGUCAUUACCCAUCCCGAGUUCUUGAACGAGCUCGCACCGUCUGGUAUCCUCAAAGCCGCGCUCGAGUGCCUCAACCGUCAGGCUAUGGAAGGAAAGCCCGGCACACAGAGUGAUUCGCUGUGCAAUGUCCUGGGCAUGUAUACCAUGAUCAUGAACGUCGGUUUUGCGGCGCCCAAACGCCAUCAUGCCAUAUUGACUGCGCUCAUUCGGGAGGGCUCCCUUGUCGAGAUAGUAGCUCGCGCACUCCGGAUCUGCGUAACCGAAGGGCAGAGCAAGGGUUUGACCUAUAAUAUAUGCCUGGAUGGUGUGAAAGCCCUCGAGACCUGCGCUCUGUGGGCGAACACUCUGAGCGCCAAGAACCCUCUUCGCAAGGUCAUGCGCCAGGGAUUCCGCGAAGAAUGGUACCCCACUCUCGCUUUCUUGCGCGAGACAACGGGCCGUGCCACCAACAGCAAGCACGCGCGCAUCCUCAACAUCUGGAAGAAACUGGGCGAAGAUCUCGGGUUCGAGGAGGACGUACAGAAGGCUCAGUAUGAGCGCGAACUUCGCAAGGCUGAGCGUCACUGCACGCGUGCAGCGUGCCGCUAUCAUAAGGAAGUCUGCCCUAUCAAGCUACGCGCUUGCAAGGGUUGCGGCGAGAAAUAUUGCAGUUCAACCUGUCAGCGCAAGGAUUGGAAGGAGGAACACAAGUUGCGAUGCAAGCGCUUGAACGGAAACCCGGAGGGUGAAGCCGAGCCCGCGGCCUGA